CCUUUAAAUUGCAGGUGGGCCGUAGCGACCAGCUAGGAGCGAGUUCCUGCCUCAGGCGGAAACAGCAAAUCUCCCCGCGCCCAAGUUCGUAUAGCCCUUCAAAUCAUUUGACUCAGCCACUACUUCAUAUCAGGUGCGAUAUAUUGUAUGUGGAGUCAUCUCUACUAUAAUUGAGAGGUUUAUCUUCGUUGAUCCUAUCUGUGAACUUCUUCCAUCUAACGGUCAAUAAUAUUUUGAAGUUCAUCUUUACGUAAAUAUAUCUCUCAACAUGGCUUCCUCUAACGAUGAGAAUGAUUCGCGGCCAAUUUUCUUUUUCGACAUUGACAACUGCCUAUACUCGAGAGCCUCACAGAUCCAUGAUAAAAUGCAAGAAUUAAUUGAUAUAUUCUUUGUGAAUCAUCUAUCAAUGAGCCCGGACGACGCAGUGAUGCUGCAUCAAAAGUACUACAAAGAAUAUGGUCUCGCAAUCGAGGGCCUCACUCGCCACCACAAGGUAGACCCUUUAGAGUUCAACGAGAAAGUGGACGAUGCAUUGCCGCUAGACGAAAUCCUAAAGCCGGACCCCAAACUGAGACAAUUGCUACAAGAUCUCGAUACAACUAAAGUUAAGCCUUGGCUGCUCACCAACGCCUACGUGAACCAUGCAAAGAGGGUCGUGAAGCUACUAGGUGUCGAUGAUCUUUUCGAGGGGAUUACAUAUUGCGAUUACGCGCAGCCGAAACUGAUAUGUAAGCCCAGCAAGGAGAUGUGGGAAAAGGCCGAGAGGGAGGCUGUUGCGAAAGACAUUGAGAGUUGCUUCUUUGUCGAUGACUCCCACCUAAAUUGCAAACACGCCGAAGAGCGAGGCUGGAAGACUGCACAUCUGGUCGAGCCCAUGUUAAAAUUGCCGAGAACGCCAGCUUGCAAACACACAAUUCGCAGUCUUGAAGAGCUUCGACAGGUUUUCCCGCAGUGCUUUAAGAGUACAGCAUAGAUAGACAAGAUACUAGAAAUAGUCGUAUACAGUUAAUAGAGAUCGGUGUAAUAGAGAUGAUUACUGGUGCUUG